GUUCAUUCUGAAUGCAGUUUGUUAAGAUUUUACCUGAAGAAAUCCUGAUGUUCCUGUCAGACUUGUUUAAACACAGUCAUGUGAUCAUAAGCUCCUCACUCUCACAGCUCUUACCAGGAAGAGACUGACGUGUUAUUUCUGCUUCUCUCACACUGACUCUCUUCUCUACUGACAAAAACAAUAAAGAACCAGCCAUCAGUGAAGAACCAAGAGAAACACUUUACAGAAGGAUCUUUGUGAAGUUUGGUUCUGAAUAGAUAUUAGAUAUUUGUGAUUCUCGAGGGGAUUUGUUUUUCAAACUGUCAUAAGUAAAGUUUAGAUCACUGGAGCUCUAAGAGUGAAAAUGGCUUCUCUAUCUGAAGAUGAUAUUUCGUGUCCUGUAUGUCAGGAAAUCUUCAAGAAUCCUGUUGUUUUAUCAUGUAGUCACAGUGUCUGUAAAGAGUGUCUUCAACAGUUCUGGAGAACCAAGAAAACUCAGGAGUGUCCCGUCUGCAGAAGAAGAUCCUCAAAAGUUGAUCCUCCAUGUAAUCUUGUGUUAAAAAACUUGUGUGAGCCGUUCCUGAAGGAGAGAAAUGAGGUUCGUUCAUCAGGAUCUGAAGAGAUCUGCAGUUUACACAGUGAGAAACUCAUACUCUUCUGUCUGGAGGACAAACAGCCGGUGUGUUUAGUGUGUGUUAACUCUCAGAAACACGACAAUAACACAUUCAGACCCAUCGAUGAAAUGGUUUCAUCAUAUAAGGAGGAGCUCAAUACAGCACUGAAGUCCUUACAGGAGAAACUUUUACACAAUGAAAAAACAAAAGAAGAGUUUGAGAAAACAGUUCAACACAUCAAGUCUCAAGCUGAGCACACAGAGCGUCAGAUUAAACAGCAGUUUGAGAAGCUUCAUCAGUUUCUCAGAGAUGAAGAAGAAGCUACAAUCACUGCACUGAGAGCGGAAGAGGAGCAGAAGAAGCAGAUGAUGAAGGAGAAGCUGGAGGAGAUGAACAGACACAUCUCAGCUCUUUCACACACAAUCAAAGACACGGAGGAGAUGAUGAAAGACAGUGACGUCUGCUUUCUGAAGGAGUUUCCAGUCUCGAUGGAAAGAUUCCAGAUCUCAUCACAGCCGGAUCCACAGACUCCUUCUGGAGCUUUGAUUCAUGUGCCACGUUACUUGGGGAACCUGUCCUUCAGAGUCUGGAAGAAGAUGCAGGACAUCGUCCAGAACACUCCUGUGAUUCUGGAUCCAAACACGGCUGAUCCUCAUCUCGUUCUGUCUGAGGAUCUGACCAGUGUGAGAGUCAGCGGUUAUCAACCUGUUCCUGAUAAUCCAGAGAGAUUUGACUUUCAUCUCUGUGUUCUGGGUUCAGAGGGGUUUAACUCAGGAACACACUGCUGGGAUGUGGAGGUUAAACAGAGUGCAUUCUGGAGACUUGGAGUAACUACAGCAUCAAACCAGAGGAAGGGACGGGAUUUCUUCUACACUGAUGUCUGGUGUGUGUGGUAUGAUCCAAUAGGACUGUCUCCAGGUUCUGGUUUUCCUGUUUAUCAUAAUCUUGAUCGUGUGAGAGUGAAUCUGGACUAUGACAGAGGAACAGUGUCAUUCUCUGAUCCUAUAACUAACACACAUCUACACACAUUCACAACCUCCUUCACUCACACACUCUUUCCUUUCUUCUGUAAUUAUGAUUAUUCUUCUUCUCUGAGGAUCUUAUCGAUCAGUAGUCAGUAAUCUGUAGCUCCUGCUUUCAUCUUUCAUCAUGUUUUAAUCACAUGAGUAAGAGAUAAGUUCUACAGUUAUACUAUAAUUACAGUUAGAUAACGUGAGAAACAUCUUAAUAACAACCAUAACCAGAUGCUAGCUCUCAUAUUUGUAAGUUUUUAGUCUUUCUGCAGUCUUUCUCUCCCUGAUAAAUGAGUUUCAAUGAAAGAGUUUUUUGGGGGGGUUAAAUGUCUUUUGUAAUAUUCACUUAUAUUGUAUGCUUAUGUGAAAAAGGAAGAUAACAGCAUCAAUGUUUCAAAUUUCUUGAGUUAUGAACAAAUAAAUUCAGUUUUAAAUUCUACAGAUCUACAGAAGAAAGAAAUGGGAUCAAAGAUCUCCCAUAAAGAUAUUUUGUAGUCUGAUAACGUAAUCUGUUAGCCAAAUUUUCCAGAGAUUUACAGUCUGGAGAAGAUGAUGAUAGUUGGCCAAGUCUGUAGAUUUGAGUUGACAUAUUUAAUUGAAAAUCAUGUAAUGUAUGAUGAUCACAGACACAAGCUCAGUGAUGAUCAGUGUGUGAUAUUUUCAGCAGAUGUUAUAACACAGAUGAUUUCAUUUGUCACAUAUCUUCUAGCUACAUUUGUGUGAGUUUGUUGUGAUCAGAAGGAAUAUAAAGUUUGGUAUUGUGUGAUCCUCAGUCGUGUAGUGUAUGAUGCCUUUGUGUCUAUUUACAAAGUCAGUAAGUGUAUGAUGCCUGUAUGUUUUAGUUUUCAUAUACGCAAUAGUUGUUCUUGACUUAACAUAAGAGUAAGAGUAAACAAAUGUUUUGAAUCUUGUGAUUAAAUCUAUAUUUCAUAUAAAAUGCCCUGAAGUUCAAACAUUAUUUUUCAGUAAUGUUUAUGAGAUAUGAUGUUUAUGAGUAAUGUUAUAACAACAAAUGUAAUUGUAAAUAGUUGCUAAACAGAGUUGAUCCUGAAAGUAACAGAAUAGAAACAAUUGUCCAGUGAAGUCAAUUCUGUUACACUAUUGUCAGCAUUGUUACUCUGCCUUGGUAACAGAGUUUAACAGUAACAGAAUUGACGGUUUUAUUUUAUUUUUGCCAAGAACUCCACUUGCUAGCAUAAAUGCUAAGAGCAUAUGGCACUAAUGAAAUCAUGAUUAAAAUACCUCUAAAUAA